GGGACCGCGGGCUUCUCUCCCCUCCUGGAGGCGGAGGGACACGCACUGGCUAGGGGCCGGUGCGGGGGCGGUGGUCCCAGCAGCAGCCAUGGGCGUCGCGCUGCCGCCCCCGGUCCCGCGGCGCUGGGUCCGCCACGCAGUCCCUCUCGCUGUCUUCGCGCUGCUGCUUCUUUAUCUCAGUGCUCGGAGCCUCCGGGGGCUGUCGGGUUGCGGAUCCGGGGCACGGUCCUGCGUUCCUGAGAGACCGCUACCCUUGCAGGUCCGGCAAGAGUCGGGACCCCUGGAGGCCCCGGGGAGGGAACAGCCUCCUUGUCUGAGCCCCCAGGGUUUGCUAGGCCGCCUGGUGGGGCAGUUCCGCGCCAGCCUGAACACGGAAGGGGAUGUGCAGCUGUCUGAGUACCUGGCCGGAUGGAGGGAGCUGGUCAAGCUCCUGAUUCCCCUCGGCUCCAUCUUCGCCUUCGCCACAAGCGAGGUCUCCAGCAAGGUCACAGCCCUCGAAGCCCGGGUGCGCGGCCCGGAGGCCGCACACUACACGACGCUGGCGGCCAUGGCGGCGUGGGAGCGGCGGGCGGGAGUGCUGGAGCAGCAGCCCUUGACCUCGGGCUCCAGAACGAUGCUCCUGCUGCACCGCGCGCUGCGCUGGUCCCAGCUCUGCCUCCACCGGGUGGCGACCGGGACGGUCGGAGGCCCGGACGCCGGCACGCAGUGCAGCGACGCCUACGGCACGGCCCUGGCCCCGCACCACCCCUGGCUCAUCCGGCAGGCUGCCAGCCUCGCCUUCCUCGCCUUCCCGGGUCGGGGCCAGUUGCUCGCGCUGGCGUGUCCCGGAAGCCGAGAGGCGGAGGCGCGGGCUGCGGUAGCCCGGGUCGCGAGCACCCUGGAGGACGUCUACAAACGCACCCAGGGUCUGCUUGCUGAGCGCGGCCUGCUCCAGCUGGCCUGAGGACGGCCGGCCUGAGAGCGAGGGAGCGCGGGACGCGCGGGGGCGAGGUCCGCGCAGCCGCAGGUCGCGCCAGCAAGGCUAGUCUCCGCCGCUAGGGGGCGGGGCCUCCCUCGCAAGCCCCGCCUCCUUGGGGGCGCGUCACCGCCGCGAAGGCCCGCCCCUGGCCGGGGAUAAUUUUGGGCUCCUCCCACCAUGCGUAGCUCCAGGGUGGAUGGGAGGAACUGUGGAGAAUAAAUGGUAUUUUUUGGCAGCGGUCGAUGCGGGGCGUUUUGUGUGACGACAGCAAGCACUGAAGGGAAAGAGAAAAAAUUGGAUGCAGAUGGAUGUGUCAUCCCUCUUCUCGGCAGCCAAGGGACGCACGCUUCUCCCGGCCUAUCUCAGCCACUCACUCCCAUGACUUCAGUUGCCAACUAGUUGCCAAGUCUCCAGCUCAGACCUGUACCCUGAGCUCCAGACCGGUAUAGCCAAGUCUUUCCUACAAGCCCCUCAAACAUAGCAGGUUCCACAGGGAGCCCGCCACCUCCCCGCAGAACCGGCGCCUCCUCCUGUGUUCCCUUUCUUUCUCCCUGCGUGAAUAAUGGGACGGUACCAUCAUUUCAUCUUCAGCUACCCAAACCUGAAAACUGGUUGUCAUGCCUCACACCAAGCAAGCUCCAAAAAUGUAUAUUUAAUAAAUGACACGCAACGAGAAAACGA